AGAUUCAUUUAUUAGAUCAUCGCUGGUGGGAAAGCUCACAGCAGAAGUAACCCCGCGAAGUUUUAGCCUUUAGCCAUUUAGGGUUGAGGAAGAAAGUCCGAAGACCCCCUCUUUCCUUUCUACUUGCUGCAGCUGCUAAUUUCUCACCAUGUCUUGGUGCACAAUUGAAUCCGAUCCGGGUGUUUUUACAGAACUUAUACAGCAGAUGCAAGUUAAAGGCGUACAACAGGUGGAGGAGUUGUAUUCAUUGGAUCUUGAUGCUCUAAACAAUCUUAGGCCUGUGUAUGGGUUGGUUUUCCUUUUCAAAUGGCGCCCAGGGGAGAAGGAUGAACGUCUUGUAAUUAAGGACCCAAACCCUAAUUUAUUCUUUGCUAGUCAGGUCAUCAAUAAUGCUUGUGCUACACAAGCAAUAUUGUCUAUCCUCAUGAACUGCCCAGAUAUUGACAUUGGCCCAGAACUUUCAAAGUUGAAAGAAUUCACUAAAAACUUUCCUCCAGAGCUCAAGGGUCUGGCUAUAAAUAACAGUGAAGCCAUACGUGCAGCCCAUAAUAGCUUUGCAAGGCCCGAGCCUUUUGUCCCAGAGGAGCAGAAAGCUGCUGGGAAAGAUGACGAUGUCUACCAUUUCAUAAGCUACAUACCUGUUGAUGGGGUACUGUAUGAGCUUGAUGGACUGAAGGAGGGACCCAUUAGCCAUGGUCAGUGCCCUACUGGCCAAGGAGACAUGGAAUGGUUGAAGAUGGUGCAACCAGUAAUCCAAGAGCGUAUUGAGAGAUAUUCGAAAAGUGAAAUAAGAUUCAACCUCAUGGCAGUUAUCAAGAACAGGAAAGAGAUGUACACUGCUGAACUUAAGGAGCUCCAAAAGAAGAGGGAACGCAUCUUGCAGCAGCUGGCUACCAUACAGUCGGACAGACUGGCAGACAGGAGCAGCUUUGAAGCACUAAACAAACAACUUUCAGAAGUAAAUUCAGGGAUUGAGGGUGCCACUGAGAAGAUUUUGAUGGAGGAGGAGAAAUUCAAGAAGUGGAGGACUGAAAAUAUUCGUAGGAAACACAACUACAUACCCUUCUUGUUCAACUUCCUUAAAAUUCUUGCUGAAAAGAAGCAAUUGAAACCCCUUAUUGAGAAAGCUAAGCAGAAAACUAGCAGCUCUAGGUGAAGCGCUUUUCUGUUUUGUUUUUCUUUUUUGAUCGACUUUGAUGCUUAGUCCAAAUCCAAAAGAAAAGGAGUGAGCUUGAGGACCCUUUAUGAUCAUAUUUAACAGCUCUGUUUACAAAUGACUUUCUCCUUGGAUUUUGUCUGAAGUCUUUUGCCUCCCAUGUUUGUUGAUGCUAACAUUCUGCUCUAAAUAAACAUCUUUGGCUGAUACAACAUGCUAUGAAUGCCAUUUUAGCUCA